GCCGGGAGCCGAAGGGUCGCAGUGGAACCUGUACUCUCCGGGAACAGAAACCUUCCACUGCGAGGGAGAAAGCAAGCAGCUCAAGGCCUGCCGACAAGAGCCAUGCCCGCCUGACCGCCCAGAUCCCCGCGCCGUUCAGUGUGCGGCCUACAACCACCAGGAAUUCAUGGGCCGCUUCUACCAAUGGGAGCCCUUCAGGGACGUGCGGGGCGCCCAGCGCUGUGAGCUGAACUGCCGCCCCAUCGGGUACCGUUUCUAUGUGCGACACACGGAGAAGGUCCAGGAUGGCACACCCUGCGAGGCUGGCUCCCCAGACAUCUGCGUGGCCGGGCAGUGCCUGAUGCCCGGCUGCGAUGGGAUCCUGGGUUCGAACCACACGUUGGACAGCUGCGGAGUCUGCGGGGGGGACCACACCUCUUGCAAGCUGGUGGUCGGCAACUUCAGCGACACGGAUGUGCCCAUCGGGUACCACCGCAUCUUGGAGAUCCCAGCGGGGGCCACCCACAUCCAGGUCAAGGAGAUGACCCGCAGCCCCAACUACUUGGCCCUUCGGAGUCGCAGCGGAAAAUCCAUCAUCAACGGGAACUGGGCCGUGAACCCCCCUGGGCGCUAUGAGGCGGCCGGCACCAUCUUUGUGUACAGCCGGCCUGAGAGCGACAGGCACAAAGGAGAGUCGCUGACGGCGGAGGGACCGACCACGGAACCCAUAGAUGUGUAUAUGAUCUUCCAGCAAGAUAACCCCGGUGUCUCCUACCAAUUCUUCAUGGCUUUGGCCCGGCCAGAGAGCUCCGCUGCUGACAUCCACAACCCUCGCCAGGAGUUCGGUGCCCUGGCCCUGGUAUCUGCCGGCCACCCGAUGGAGCCGUCUGCCCCCCAUGUGCACCCAGGGCUGCUGCAGACGCAGAACCUGGUCCCAGCUCAGCCCCCGAUCCCGUCCGGCCAAUCCAGAAGGAGCCAUCCCGUAGUUCCACCUCCGGUCUCAUCCAGCCAAUCCGGGAGGAGCCCUGGAACUCUGCAGAGGAACGUCCGGGUUCCACCCUUGCCGCCGCCACCCCCUCCUCCCCAGCACAGCUCAGAUGUGGCGCGUGACUUUUAUUGGCAACGAGUGGGCAACACCGAAUGUUCGGCCACCUGCGGAAAGGGUUCCUGGCAGUCAGUCUACCGCUGCGCCUCUCGCGCUUUGCAAGAAGAGGUGGGAGAAGAGAUGUGCCAUCUCCUCCCCAAACCUGCGGUGUCCGAGGAGCCCUGCAACACGGAGCCCUGCCCAGCCUACUGGGACGUGGACAAGUGGUCGGCCUGCAGCAAGUCGUGCGGCCUGGGCAGCCAGCACCGCCAGGUCCUGUGCCGGCAGGUCUACGCCAACCGCAGCACCAUGGUGCACCCGCAGCGCUGCGAGCAGCUGGAGAAGCCCAACGCCACCCAGGCCUGCCAGGUGCAGGUGUGCAGCCACUGGGAAGUCCAAACCAACUGGAGCUCGUGCUCGGUCCUCUGUGGCUUGGGCCACCGAACGCGCCAUGUCCGCUGUGUCAGCAACGAGGGUCACCCGUUGAGGGACAGCGACUGCCCCGGCAACCACCGGCCCAAGACGAGCGAGAUGUGCGACAUGGGCCCCUGCGUGCGAGCCUGGUUCUACAGCGAUUGGAGCAGCACGUGCUCGGCUGAGUGUGGUCCCGGGAUCCAACGCCGUGCCGUGGUUUGCUUGUCCAGCAGCGCCAGUGAGCCAACCGGGGAGAACUGUGCCGGCACCAAGCCGGCUGACAUGCGGGCGUGUAAUGGGGGCCCCUGCCAGCCAGUCACCCGCUGGUACAGUGGACCCUGGAACCCGUGUUCGGCGGAAUGCGGCACCGGCACGCAGCGCCGGGACGUCGUCUGCAUCACCAAACUAGGCUCGGACUUCAACGUGACAGACGCCUCCGAAUGCAGCUACCGGGAGAAGCCGCCCUCCCUGCAGACAUGCACCGGGAGCGACUGUGAGGCCCGGUGGUUCUCCACUGCCUGGAGCCCGUGCUCCAGGACCUGCGUGGGGGGCACGCAGACGCGAGAGGUCCAGUGCCUGACCCAGAACAAGACCCUCAGCAGACUCUGCCCCCCAGAACUCAAGCCGGCCAAGAAGCGACCCUGCAACAACCAGCCCUGCAAUGCGGACCUUGAUGAGAACUGCAGAGACAAAUACCACAACUGCCCGGUGAUCGUGCAAGCGCGCCUCUGCGUCUACUCCUACUACAAGGCGAUUUGCUGUGCCUCGUGCACGCAUGCGCUGGAAAGGCGCCACUCCGGUCCGAGCCGGUAG